AUGAUGGACGAAUCGAGCCGGUCUUUUCCGCGUGGAGCGGGGAUAAUGGGGCCCCGCGUGUUCCUCUGCGCCGUGAUUCUUUUGCUUCUUCCGCUUAUUCCGCGCGUGGGCGCAGUGCCUAUGAGCGCAAGCACAAUCGACACUCUACUGAUCAUCAAGUCAUCGCUGGGCGUCACUCUCACCACGUGGGCAGCGGGCAACACGGCCUGCACUGUCACAAGCCAGACACAACAAGCCGGGGACUGGACGGGCGUGAUCUGCUCAACCACGGGGGAAGUGCGCCAGAUCGACCUGGAGAAUCAGAAGCUGACAGGAAGCAUCCCAAAAGAAAUCUCCAAGCUCACUGCGCUCAAUCACAUAGGGCUGGGCACCAACCUCUUAGUGCAGCGGCUCGCCGCGUUCACGUCCAACCUGCUGCCGCUCACCACCCUUGCGGACCUGCAUAUUCACCAGAACUGGCUGUAUGGCACCAUACCCACUGCCCUCAUUGCCCUUCCCAACCUCUACUGGAUCAAGUUCUUCCGCAACUACCUCACCGGAACCUUCCCAGCCCCGGGCCCGGCCCUCAAAUACAUCGACCUGCAGCACAACUUCCUCUCAGGCUCCUUCCCCCCCCACUCCGCCACUUACUGCACCGCCACCAGCAACUGUUUCUCCCAGGCUUCCAACUGCGUGUCCACCGCCACCACCCAGCGCACCCCUGCUGCGUGCUCCAUCUGCAACGUCACCAUGGCAGCGGAUCCAGCAGGUACAGGCUGGGUGGUACCUGCACCGGGGUCCUCCCAGGUGCUAUGCGGGGGAGGCUCAUGUGCUCCGAACGCCUCGGUCCCUUUCAGCAAGGGCACGCCGUACACCUCCUCGUCUCCGCUGCUCCCGAUGUUCUGCGCUCUCAUCGGCAUGGCCUCGGGAUCAUCUCAGGCCAUGCUGGCUCUGAAGUCGUCCCUGGGAGUGACUCUCUCCUCAUGGGCCUCCGUUCCUACUGCGACCGUUAUGGGGGUGGUUUCAACGUCUGCCUCCUUUCCCACUGCCUCCUCGCCUUCACUGGCGUAUCUCUGCUCGGUGGCUGGGGCCUUGGCGGCUCCUAUACCUGCGUCUGCUGCUGCGAGUGCAUGGAAGGGCGUCGAGUGUAAUGCAGCUGGUGCUGUCGUGAAGAUCAAUCUCAAUCGCCAGGGCCUUAUCGGGACUGUCCAUUCGAGCAUCUCCAAAUUGACGGGGCUUACAUACAUGGACCUUGGUUACAACCUCUUUCAGGCGCGUCUCCUCACUUUCGUCUCGACCCUCACAGCCUUGUCGUCCCUCAAAGACCUGUUCCUUCACUAUAACUGGUUCAUCGGCUCUAUCCCAUCGUCACUCUUUGCCCUACCGUCACUCACAGGCCUAGGCCUCUUCUCCAACUAUCUCACAGGCACCAUCCCUCCCAUCCCCUCAUCCCUCGUGGGCCUAGAUGUUGCCCACAACUUCCUCUCAGGCUCCCUCCCUCCUCACUCCCUCAAAUUCUGCGCCGCCGAGAACAACUGCUUCUCCUCCUCCUCCCCCUCCUCCUCGUGCAAUUUCUACGGAACGAAGCAGAGGGCGGCAGCGGAGUGCACAGUGUGUGGGAUGGGUGAUGCGGCAGCAGGGAAUGUGUGCUGGGACGGUGUGUGCACAGCAGACGCUGCAGCAGUGGCGUCUCAAGGCAUUCCCAACGGGCCCACACGGCCCACUCUUGCCAUGUCUUGCGUAG